CCGCUUAUUUCCCGAGCCUUCCUCAGGUCCACUCCUCCAUAUCGAUUGAAUUCAGCACCCUACAUUUCCUGAAAAACGACACAUUAUUAACCUAAUCGUAAGAAUGUGAAACCGCAUCGAUUAGCGCUACUUUCAUUCAUAAUGGUCGACGAUAGUGCUUCGGAAAAUUCGGUUUUGGCACAGCCACCUCCGAAUCCCCCGGUCGGAUACGAGUUUCUCCUCAUUUUCGCCAAAAUUCUGAUAACGGUGUUGUUUAUGUAUCCCCUAGCCCACUAUUCCAUAUACGGCGGUGGUGAUAAAAUGGAGAAAAGUGCAGAAAACCUGAUGGGCACCUUGAACGCAACUGUUACCGUGAAAGAGGAAGCAGUGUCUACUAAUGAGACCAGGCAAGUUCAAAUGAGGCUGGUUGUACCCCCAUCUUGUCCCCUGCCAGAAACCCAAACAGUCCUGGAUGAGCUCUGCGAAGAUUACGUCUUCAAAUCAAUAUGCUGCACUCCCGAAGACUUCGAAAAUGAAGAUAAGCACAAGAUUCCAAGAAAUAUCGCGAGUUAUAGGGCCCCAAGUGACCCUAGGGCCAACAUAGUGAGUUUUGUGACUGUAGGUUUCCUCAUCGUCUCACUGAUAGCCACGUUUCUGGAGCUGUACAAGGCGAAAAAGCAGGCGCCAGCCAAAGCCAAGGCUCCCUUGACCAGGAAAUGCUCCUUGGCCGAUUUGACCAUAAUGAAGCACCAAAGGAAAGAGUUGGUUAGGAGAGAUUCGAUCCUUGAAGGCCACGAAGAAGGCAAACAACCUGCACAUUUCAAGAAAGCCCCACCCCUCCAAAGAAGCAGCUCAACUCCGGUAGAACCCAUCAGUGAAAUAUCAGCGUAUAACUUCAGCAGGAGCUUCGACAGCAGGAGAUGUUCGGUGGUUGAUAAUUAUACUUCCAUCCUGGAGAGAAGAGCCUCUAUCAUAGACGGGAAAUUUGUUGAUAGGUUCGACCUAAGCGGAAGACGUAUUUCGGUAGAUAUUACAAGUUCACCUGAAAGAAAGCACCAUUCCCGACUUGUGCACAGGCAUUGAACCUUCACAAGGACUGCAGAAAUCCACAAAUGAUACGCACUUUUUGUCAAUUUUCUCUGGAAAUUUCAUAUCAUAUAUCGUGAACAAUCACUUAUUUGACCAAAACGUUACUUAUGAGACUAUUUUAAAUGAACAUUCUGGCGUUAAGCUUUUUCGAUAAAUGGCUUUUCUUACUGGAAGUUACGUCAAAAGUGGAUACAUAAACUGAAAGUACAAAGGGCUUUUGACAUUCUCUAGCAUGCUUUUCGACAAAAAUGGGAUCUCCUUUAAGAGGAAAACAAUUUUACUAUACUCUGCCAAAAAUUUUCCUCGACAGUUUCAAUCAAAUGUAAAAGAUAGCCACAAAUUGGUGAAUUAUAAGAUCUAAGCACUUCGUUCAACCACUCAUAGGUACUGUGUGUUUAAUUCAAAAUUCCUUUGCGAUCUUGAGGACGAACUUUUUUGCCAAUAUCCUAAACCUACAUUCAGUUCUUCAUCUGAGGCAAUUCUUUUAAGAUAUAUUGAACGUUCAUUACAACAAACAACAACGUGAAGUAACGGAAAGCUAUAUAAUGCGAAAGUAACUUUUUGCAUGACGUCAACUGCAGCCACCGAAAAGGUUUGAUUUAAAAUAUGUUCUCUUCCGCUUAACACUCUUUGAAUAUUGAAGAUAUAUAUUUUCCUACUAUUCUUACGUAAGUCUAUACAAGGUUUCCCUCUCAAGUUCGGGCCUAUAUUUUGGAAUAAAUUCUAGACAAUACUUUCUUCUUAUCCUAUUUGUGAUCUAAACAAUCCAAUCUCCGAAAACAAGAAAAUAUUCAUUGAAACCUUAUAACGAGCCAAAGAUGAAAUCAAACAUUGAUGUAAGGCUACGCCAUGCCUACAAUUGGAUUGAAUUUUGAGACUGACUUAAGAAAUGUUUUAAAGGUGUUUGAAAGGAAGUUUUGAAAAGGUGUUUUAUACCACAUUUUUCGAAUUCGGUAUUUUUGUCAUGUGAAGACUUGAUACCUGGCACAAGUCCGAGAACUAAAAAUUUUUACUCUAUUUUCAAUGUACUUUUAAUCGUUAUAUUAUACUAAUAUUUCAAAUUAAUGUUGAAGUUUACAUAAAUGUUUUAUUCAAAAA